UCCGGGGUGAGGACCGCUAGAGGCGCGGGACACGCGCGACCCUCGCGGCCACACUACUCCCCAGCCUCGUGACUACCUGGCAGAGAAACUCCUGCUCGACGGGGCGAGGGGCAUUGCUCCAUUCCCGGCAGAGACUACCCUGGCAGAGAAACUCCUGCGCGAGACGAGCCGGGGAGGGGCCGGGCCGAGGGCGGCCGGGCAGGAAGCAGCGCGUACCUUCCGCCGCCGGAGGAGCAGGUGGCUGCAGUGCAGCCCGGGGCCCAGGCUUCCUGUGUGCGCGCCGGUGGGCUACUGUUUCCCGCCCCGGAGCGAGUUGGGCCGCCCCGGCCCGGCCCCAUGGCCCAGACCCCCGACGGAAUCUCCUGUGAGCUCCGAGGCGAGAUCACCAGGUUCCUGUGGCCAAAGGAGGUGGAACUGCUGCUGAAAACCUGGCUACCCUAUGAGGGUGCUGAGCCGAGUUAUGUCCUGGUGCUGCUACGAUGGAGAGCCUAUCUGCUCCAUACCUGCCUCCCCCUGAGGGUGGACUGCACCUUCAGCUACCUGGAGGUCCAGGCCAUGGCGCUGCAGGAGACACCCCCUCAGGUCACUUUUGAGCUGGAGUCCCUGCCUGAGCUGGUCCUGGAGUUUCCUGAUGUGGCUGCCCUGGAACAGCUGGCCCAGCAUGUGGCUGCAGCCAUCAAGAAGGUCUUCCCUCGCUCAACUCUUAGGAAGCUAUUCCGGAGGCCCACACCCUCCUCAAUACUGGCUCGGCUGGAGAGCAGCAGCCCCUCAGAGUCCAGCUGUAGUCCCUGCGGUGGCUUCUUGGAGACUUACGAGGCUCUGUGUGACUACAAUGGCUUCCCUUUCCGAGAAGAGAUUCAGUGGGAUGUGGACACCAUCUACCACCGUCAGGGCUGCCGCCAUUUCAGCCUAGGAGACUUCAGCCACCUUGGCAGUCGGGACCUGGCCUUAAGUGUAGCUGCCCUGUCCUACAACCUGUGGUUCCGGUGUCUCUCCUGUGUGGACAUGAAGCUGAGUCUCGAGGUCUCAGAACAGAUUCUGCACAUGAUGAGUCAGUCUUCCCACCUGGAGGAGCUGGUGCUGGAGACUUGUGGCCUGAGGGGAGACUUUGUCCGGAGACUAGCCCAAGCGCUCUCAGGACACUCAAGCUCUGGGUUGCGGGAGCUCAGCCUGGCAGGGAAUGUGCUGGAUGACAGAGGCAUCAUGGCACUCAGCAGACACCUAGAGCAUCGUCCAGGAGCCCUGAGGAGACUCAGUCUAGCACAGACAGGGUUGACACCUCGAGGAAUGAGGGCUCUGGGCCGGGCACUGGCUGGCAAUGCUGCCUUUGACUCUGCCCUGACCCACCUAGACCUUUCUGGGAACCCUGGGGCCCUGGUGGCCUCCGAGGACAGUGGGGGCCUCUAUAGUUUCCUGAGCCGUCCUAAUGUUCUGACCUUCCUGAAUCUGGCAGGCACCGAUGCGGCCCUGGACACUCUCUUCGCGGCGCUGUCCCGCGGCUGCUGUGCCAGCCUCACCCACCUCGAUGCUUCGAGGAAUGUCUUCUCCCGCACGAAGUCCCGGGCUGCGCCAGCCUCCCUGCAGCAAUUCCUCAGCCACUCGGGGACGCUGCGGCAUCUGAGCCUGGCGGGCUGCAAGCUGCCGCCAGACGCGCUCAGGGCCCUAUUGGAUGGCCUGGCUCUCAACACGCACCUCCGCGACUUGCACUUGGACCUCAGUGCUUGUGAGCUGCGCUCCGCUGGCGCCCAGGUGAUACAAGACUUAGUGUGUGACGCAGGCUCCGUCAGCUCCCUGGAUCUGGCUGAUAAUGGCUUUGGCUCGGACAUGGUGACUCUGGUGCUGGCCAUUGGAAGGAGCCGGUCCCUGAGACAUGUAGCUCUUGGAAGGAACUUCAAUGUCCGGUGCAAGGAGACCCUGGAUGACGUCCUGCACCGGAUUGUCCAGCUUAUGCAGGAUGACGACUGUGUGAGUUCACCUUGUGAUCCAAAGGCAACAGACCCUUCUGAUUCUUGCUCCCUCAAACCCUGUGGCCUGUCCUUUUUGCUGACCCUUUCCAACCAUCAAAGACUUCCUUUUAACUACCAGCCUCUGCAGUCUCUGUCCGUGUCUGAGUCUCGGCUGAAGCUGGGCGCCAGCGUCCUACUCCGGGCCCUGGGCACUAAUCCUAACCUUACAGCCCUGGAUAUCAGCGGCAACGGCAUGGGGGAUGUGGGCGCCAAGAUGCUGGCCAAGGCGCUGCGGGUCAACACGAGGCUCCGGUCUGUGGUCUGGGACCGGAACCACACUUCUGCUCUGGGCCUGCUGGACGUGGCGCAGGCAAUGGAACAGAACCACAGCCUGAAGGCCAUGCCUCUGCCACUGAACGACGUGGCCCAGGCACAUCGCAGCCGCCCGGAACUGACAGCACGUGCAGUCCAUCAGAUCCAAGCCUAUCUCUUGAGGAACAACCGCGCAGACCCUGCCUCUUCGGACCACGUGUCGAACCUUCAGCCAAGGAGUCUGGUUUCAGACCCCUCAGAGCAGGAAGUGAACGAACUAUGUCAGUCGGUGCAGGAGCACAUGGAGCUGCUGGGCUGUGGGGCUGGGCCCCAGGGUGAAGCUGCUGUCCACCAGGCUGAGGAUGCCAUCCAAAAUGCCAACUUCUCUCUCAGUAUUCUCCCCAUUCUGUAUGAGGCUGGGAGCUCCCCAAGCCAUCACUGGCAGCUUCGGCAGAAGCUGGAGGGUCUCCUUGGACAGGUGGGUGAAGUCUGCCGCCAAGACAUCCAGGACUUCACUCAGGUCACACUGGACACAACAAGGAGCCUCUGCCCACAGAUACUGCAGGGAUCUGGCUGGAGGGAGCAGCUAGAGGGGGCCCUGGUGGGCUCCAGGGGCUUCCCAGAGCUGCUGCCAGAACAGCUGCUACACAAUGCCUUCACUAGGCUCAGGGACAUGCGGCUGUCAGUCACAGGGACCUUGGCAGAGAGCAUUGUAGCUCAGGCUCUGGCAGCUCUGAGUGCAGCUCGGGACCGGCUGGUGAGGGGGAGCUGUGUGUGUGUGUGUACACCAACACACAGUAUCAUGGCUGUCUUGCAUGGGCUCUGCAAUGUCUUCUGGGGUCAUGUAGCCCAAGGCUAUUUCUGGGUUCCCUUAGCACCAAUGGGAUCAUGGCUGAGGCCCUGUCUGCCCAUCUUUGGCUGCCUGGUAUUGCAGGUUGAGAGUCUGGCUCAGCAGGCAGCAGUGGCAAUGCCCUCUACUCUGCCCACACUGGAUGGAGGUGAGCCUAUCCCCCUUGGGCCUGGGGAAUUGGAAGGUUUUGUCUUCCCUGAGAAGGAGGAGGAGGAUGUGGAGAAGGAAAAAAAGAAGGAGAAGGAUGACAGUCCUUCUGGGAAAUGGCCUGAACCCAGACACGGUUUUCACCUGGUCUCAUCCAUUCACACUGCUGAGGAACCGGAGCCCGAGGUGGCGGCUCCGGGGGAAGAUGCGGAGCCGCAGGCGGGGCCUUCCGCACGCGGCUCUCCGAGCCCUGCCGCCCCUGGCCCCCCGGCCGGCGCGCUGCCUCGCAUGGACCUGCCACCCGCCGGACAGCCCCUGCACCAUCCAACCCGGGCCCGGCCGCGGCCGCGCCGCCAAUACCACCACCGUCCGCCGCCGGGGGGCCCGCAGGUGCCCCCAGCCUUGCCGCAGGAAGGGAAUGGGCUCAGUGCCCGCGUGGACGAGGGCGUGGAGGAAUUCUUCUCCAAAAGGCUGAUCCAGCAGGAUCGCCUCUGGGCCCCGGAGGAGGACCCGGCCACUGAAGGGGGUACUGCUCCUGUGCCCCGUACCCUGCGAAAGAAGCUGGGCACACUUUUUGCCUUCAAGAAACCUCGUUCAACACGGGGCCCACGGCCUGAUCUAGAGACCAGCCCUGUGGCAGCUCCCCGCAUCCGGAAAACCACACUUGGUGACCUGCUGCGGCCACCAACCCGUCCCAGCCGUAGUGAGGAGCCUGGUGGGGCUGAGGGAGGCACCAGCAGCCCUGAUGCUGCCCGCAGGAGUCGGCCUCGCUACACAAGGGAUAGCAAGGCCUACUCCAUGAUCCUGCUACCUGCUGAGGAGGAGGAAGCAACACUGGGUACCAGACCUGACAAGCGGCGGCCCCUGGAGCGGGGAGACACAGAGCUGGCCCCAUCCUUUGAACAGCGGGUACAAGUGAUGCUGCAGAGGAUAGGAGUAAGCCGAGGCAGUGGGAGUGCGGAAGGCAAGAGGAAGCAAAGCAAAGAUGGCGAGAUCAAGAAAGCUGGCUCAGAUGGUGACAUCAUGGACAGUUCCACAGAGGCCCCUCCCAUUUCAAUCAAGUCCCGUACCCACUCCGUAUCUGCCGACCCCACAUGUAGACCUGGCCCAGGUGGUCAGGGGCCUGAGUCCACCACCUGGAAGACACUGGGGCAGCAGCUGAAUGCAGAGAUCAGGGGCCGUGGUUGGGGCCAACAGGAUGGCCCAGGGCCCCCUUCCCCUUGUGAAAGCCCAAGCCCCCGAAGAGCCAGCCCUUCCCCAGAUAGUCUGGGCCUCCCAGAAGAGCCCUGCUUGGGUCCCAGGGAUGAAGAUGGCCAGCUGAGGCCGCGGCCUCUCUCGGCUGGGCGACGAGCAGUGUCUGUGCAUGAGGAUCAGCUCCAGGCCCCUGCUGAACGGCCCCUGCGACUACAGCGCUCCCCCGUCCUCAAACGCAGACCGAAGCUCGAGGCACCCCCAUCCCCAAGCCUAGGAUCUGGUCUUGGAACUGAGUCUCUGCCCCCACAGCCCACAGAGCCCGCCAGCCCUGAGCGGAGCCCACCCUCCCCAGCCACAGACCAAAGAGGCGGCGGCCCCAACCCCUGAUCUUGUCCUGCCGCAUGAGAUUAUUUUAUUAAAAAACUGAAAGGAAA